AUGACAUCUAUAAUCAAACUUACUGUCCUUUCUGGGGCUUAUGAUGAGGGGCCGCUAUGUUAUUUGCUUCAAGUCGACGAAUUUAGGUUUCUCCUUGAUUGCGGAUGGAACGAGGCUUUCAGUCCAGAAGUUAUUGAGCCGGUGAAAAAGUAUGUUGUUUUGAGCUGUUUUGAGUCAGGGCACAUGCAUUUUGUAUAGAUAUACCCUGAUAGGUUUCUUAUUUUGCAGAUUUCGAGUUAAGGUAACAGUAGACCAAACUAAAUGCUAUUUACGUUAAGUAAAACUUGACGCUGCGAUGGUCUGCGUAUUGAAAUUAAAGAUAGCCUCAUCUUUAAUUUGAAGUGCAAAUGUAGGUCGAUUUGACAACCACCACACCAACUUAAGCGAUUUUCCCAAAUCUGAUGAAACAAUUUCAAUCUGGCUAGUAUUUUUAAAGAUGGGUUUUACUCCUGAUUUCCUAAAAACUUAAUCAUUUCCUCCAGUUGCUGUGAGUCGACAAUAUCUAUUAACUAAAACAGGGAAACAGUUGACAGGGGGUCAUCCCCGGGGUAUCCGGUCGUUUCGCCUACGGUCUGUUCGCCUAUGGCUAGGGUUGAUUCGCCUACGUCUUAUAUGUCAGUUCACCUACGAUUCAUAUGCUGAAGCUUUAAAUCUGAAUUAUAAAAAGUCCUUGUUCCUUGUAGCCUAAAAAGAAAACACAACAACAAAAGUUGAUACAUUCUAUCCUCGAUGUCUAGAAAAGCAAUUAAAUGUGCUAAGACACUUAAGUUGGAAUGUUUUUAAAAACUUUAUUAUGGCAGAACCCGGUCGUCAAAUCAAAUUAAAACGUAAACAAACGCUCGUAAUUUAGAAUUAUUUAGCUUCAAUAGCCUUGAUUUUAUGAGUAUAAAGGUAACUUAACUCCAAAGUGGCGGUUAAUAGUUAUUGAGUUGGUUGAUUCAGCACACAAAGUCCCGCUUUAGGAAUUGAAUCGACUGACUAGCAUCCGAACGCGAUCGCUGUUUCAUUGUCUUCGUUUUACAUCAGCUGUGAGUAAUAAAUUAUAUUACACUGGAGAUGAGCCCAACCCGGUACACUGAUAUCAGAGAACAGGGAAUUUGAGCAACCGACCUGAGGCCAUCUGAGAAUCAGACAUGUGUAAAAUCUUCCUUAUCAUUUGUUUUUAGUUUAAAAUUUAUGGCUUUAGUCCAGAAAAGUUACAGGACUUUCAGUUAACAAAUCCCUGGGAUUGAAAUAUAGUGUUAUAAACUGGUAGUAGUUAUAUAAGCUGAUAGUGGUUUUCAAUAGUAUGUUUUUUCUUCAGACACAUACACCAGAUAGAUGCAGUACUCCUGACAUUUCCUGAUAUAUAUCACAUGGGUGCACUACCAUAUUUAGUAGGAAAGUGUGGUCUCCACUGUCCAAUAUACACCACCAUUCCUGUGUAUAAGAUGGGACAGAUGUUCAUGUAUGAUUUGUUUCAGGUAUGGUUACAUUUCUGGCAUAUUAUUCUUAUAUACUAUGAAAGAGUCACAAGCUUUCCACAAAAAGUCUUAAAUAAAGUUUAAAAGGAGGAUUUGGUAUGCCAACAAGGCAUUUGCCACUUGCUAAUACGUCGCUUGCUACUUCGUUUGGUCCUCAACGGGUUAAGUCUGUUUUGGAGGAUUCAUAGGUCAUGUGGUCUUUUGCAAUACAGUGAUUUCCUGUGGUUUCUUACAUUGAUUUCUGAUCCCUAGAUGCAGGUUUUUAAAAUGUCCUUUAUUAUUUUUGAAAGCGGCUCAAAAUUCUGUAGGGUUUGUUUUGCAUAGUUUUGUGCAAAGUCCUGAGAAAACAGACGACAUUUCGCUAUGCCACCAACCGUUUCCCCGCAAAUUGACAUUCGAGAAACAAGCGCAGAAAUUCCAUACUCAUGAUGCAUCUCUGCCCAGAUCUGGGUAGUGCUUCUAAUAAUUUUAAUAAUAAUAAUAAUAAUUUUUUGUGAAAAUUGCUUCAACUAAUCAGAAGCACUACCCAGAUCUGCACUCGUUUCUCAGAGUUCAAUUCUCCCGCAAAAUGUUGUCUGUUUUCUCAGGCUAGCAAAGUUUUGGAUGUGAAUUGUUAUCGGGUAUUUCAACGGUGAGUAUGGGAUUCCCUGCUAAUUAAAAGUUUGACAUGCUGAACCCAGCUACCCAUGUACACUGUAGUUGGUGUUACCUGCAGGAUAUUGAAGUUCAAGCUAUCCUACCCCUGUAGGUGUAGCAUGCAUCAGUCAACUAUAACCCCUUUCACCCCUAUCAAUCAUCCACUCGAUUCUCGAUAGCUUGUUCUCAAUUCUCGAUUCACACAGGAAUCAAGACUCUCAACAGACUGUCAACUUACUUUUGAAUGGUUCUGAAGGACUUGAGUGCAAUGAUGUUUUUAUUAUUCCCCCUUUUUCAGUUAUCAUGACAGUUGCUCCAGCCAGUAGCUGGAGGGAGCAACAUUGUUUUAAACUUUGUUUUUGUGUCUAGAAUAGUGCAACCAUUCUGACUGGUUUAAUGUUCAGACCUUACAAUUUUUAGGUGGUUUCAGGGAUGGAAAAUUAUAAACUUAAGUAGUCUCGGCCAAAAAAAUCAAUUUUAGAGCUAAAAGUUUGACAAAUAUCAAUGUUUUUCAAAACAUUCUUAAUAUAAUGCAGUCUCAGAUACCUAGUUUUCCCCCUAGAUACUUGUUCCUUCAGCCUCGUUUGUUCCGUCUCCUUGUUGGAUCGCACCUCCUUGUAAAACAACCCGAAUUAUAACUGUUGUUUGCUGGUCAAGAACGUCCAAAAUGUUGUGACAAGCUCUGAAAGGAUUUUUUUCUUUAUCAGCUUUUCUGGACAAGGCCUGCCCAGAGGGAAUGGCACAAAUGGGACUCAUAGGUCCCAUGAAAGGUGCCAUCCCUGCCCAAUUCCCUAACCGGUAUAGGUUGGCCACACCACCAGGGUCUGCAUCCCCUACUUUUUUCAAACAGUGGUGAGGGUUCUUUUACGUUCCACAAGAACAGAUCAGUGAAAGUGCUGCGAAACGGGACCUACGGUUUUUUGUCCUUAUUUGAGAAGACUAGAAAGUCUAACCAUUUGCAGAUGUCAUUACAUUUAAAGACCCUGAGUGUUGGUCCAGCUGGGGUUAGAACCCACGACCUCCCACUCAGCAGAUUGGUGCUCUCCCAACUGAGCUCAGCAGGUGAUGGUUACUGGGCAAAUCUCCCCUCUCCCAAAUGGGCCAGAAAAUCUCCUGGAUAGAAUUUUGCAUUUGGUACUUAGUUUGGAAUUAAAUCCAAUUUUAAAAAACUUUCUUAUCAUUGUGCUGUUUUUGUGGCAUUUUUGCAAGUACGUGUAUUUUAUCACUUACAAGACUAUCAAAUUCUGUCAAAUCUCCAAUGAUGGCUACCAUUCUUGACUUUUUCAUUAGUGGCCAUUGUAGAGAGGUGCCCCCUAGUGUAGGUUCAACUGUAUUAUUUUUAUGUAACAACUGUAAGCUUAUUUUGUAGUCCCGUAUGCCUUUAAAUCAUAAGAAUGAUAUUUUUUUCAUUUCAGUCUCAUCAAAAUUAUGAAGAUUUUGAAGUUUUCAGUCUGGAUGAUGUAGAUGCUGCUUUUGACAGAAUCAUUCAACUAAAAUACUCUCAAAAUGUCAGCUUGAAAGGUAAGUUUGGUAACUCCUACAGUAGAUCUGUUGUUUACACUCUCGUGGUUAAUGAACAGACAAUGAAAGCCAUUGCUUACAUACUGUUUUAUGUAGUCUUAGCUUGACUCCUCUUUUGGAAGGCAAUAUUAUUGAAUUUUCAGCGUUUUAGUGGACACAAAUUACCCAGAAAUGAAAUAUUUCUGCAGCAUGGGAAUAGUGGAGACUGGUGCAGUUUCAGUUGUAGUGCAGUAUGGGUAGAAUGGAGUGCUAUGAAAGGGAUGCUUAUCACAUGGGAAAGCAGUUGAGGUCAACACCCCAUCUAGCCCACGUUAUAUUUUAUCUAUUUAUUCAUUAUGUAUUUGAUUUAUUUAGUGACUAGUCAAGUUUUUACAUGUAGCUCGUUUUUGUUAUUUUUUGUUUGUUUUUGAAUAAUUAUUUCGAAUUUACCAUGCCUUGUUGAAAUACAUGCUUAGUAAAUGUGGGCAGAGACCUUCCUGCUGUGUAGCCUUCGUAGCCUUCGCUGUGUAGCUUUUCACAGUAUGCGCCCUGGAUCCUACCCAGAUUUCCUGCCAAGUUUUUUCCCUGCUCUGUUUUUUUUUCUUUCUGGAAGGUUUUUUCUGGCUUCCAUUCAGACAGGAUUGUUUGUAAACUGUUAGUUUAUGUACCACAUGUUUGAAUGUAAUAGAAGUUGUAGUAUAAUGUAUUGUUAUACAUGUAUCUGCGGUGCUUGGCUUAUCCAGCCAAAAUAAACCUGAUGGUUUUUCAAUUCAUGUUGUACUGCGUAGUGGAGCUGAAAUAGGAAAAUAUCUUAGCCCAGAAGGUACAUGUACACUGUAAGAACAGAUUUUUGAAAGUGUUUAAAUAGAUAAUAGGAAGAGUAAGCAACCGUGACGGCAAUGGCAGCAAAAAUGUGACUUGGAAAGUGAGUUUGCACUGGUUCAAACUUUAUUUCUCUUGUUUGACUUCAUACAAUUUGUUAUAUGUUGUAGAAUUCUUCUGGAGUUGAUUCUAAAAGACUGUAUCUAAGUUCAGAAAAAGAAAAAGAAAAUUGUUGUCUUGUGUUGAUGCCCUCCACAAAAUGUAAAACUAGGAAGUUUCACGUCCUAGUCAUGCAACGACAGCAAAAAAAAUUAAUUUACAAAGAAAUGUGCGUAAUGCAGGUGCAAGGUUCUAAUCUAGACCUACUACUUUUUUGCCAUUCUCUUUGCCGUCACCGUCGUCAUUGCUUUAGCUCCCUAAUGAGUGGUAAUCACCUUACAGCAGAUAAACAUUAGAGUCAGUUUUGCCUUUGACAGUUACAUGUUCAACUGAUUGUGUGAUACUCAUCAGGAGUAAGUUGUUCAAAAGAUGGAUAGCAAUAGCCUGGAGGGGGCGGGGGAGGGGUACUUCCUGAUAAGAGGCUAAUGGGGAUGUGCCGCUGGAUGGGGUUGCAUUUUCAUGACUGGAUUGACUAUAAUGGGGUUACAUUUUCAAGGUAGUUACUAGAAUGGGGUUGCACAUUUUCGGAUUUUGGGGGUAAGAAAGUUUUUCACAUUUACGGUUAGCAAACAUACCAGAAUGUAUGUACUGUAGGUGAAAAGUAAACUGCUCUUCAUUCAAUAUAAGAUAGACACAAAAAUUGAAAGUGACUAAGUUGGGAUCUCGAAAAUUACAUUUGCCCAAAAAGUGACUAAGAUGGGGUCUAUAAUAAUUAUUGGACACAGAAUAGACUAUAAUGGGGUAAGGGCCUCUUGGAGGCCAGGGGCACCUACCCUGCAAAAAUUAACCCUCUUACACCCCCGAGCAACAGCUACAUAGUAUGCAAUGAAUAUUGUAUUGGCUUUCCCGAAUCCUGAUACUUGUGAAUUGGGUAAUGAUUUAUCCAUUCAACAUUGGAUAGAACUAUCCAACAUUUGAACUACAGGGACCUCAUCAAGUAAUAGUCAGAAUUUUCUCAUUGCAUAGUUUCAAAAGGCUUAGUAUCACGAUGUGACACUGCCUAAUUAACAAGACCCAAUUUUCAUGCCCCAACUGUAACAUCAUCACCAUUGUGAUGUACGGACCUGCUUAGCUGGUAUGUUCUGUUUCCUAUUUCAAACCACAUAGCAGUAUCUCAGGGAAGUGUUUCUUUUAAAUAUUAUCCAAUACUCAUGCAUCCAUGUGCAUGUGAAUGCACAAUUGUGGGUGACAAGAGGAGCCGGCAAUCCUAAUCUCCAGGUUGUUAUUACAUGUUUCGCAUGUAUGUAGACAGCAGUCAUUUGGACUUCCACUAAGAAUGAAUGGAAUGCAUGGCAGGCGAUUUGAUUAGAUGCGUUUGGACCUUCUAUCACUCGUAAUCUGAUCACGUGUGUUUUGACUAUCUGUCACGUGAAACUUACACAAAGUACAGCAAUGGAGCAAAAGUGUUUUGACCUUCAAUCAUUGUCUCCGUAACCUUUGGUUAUACUUGUUUAUAAAAAGAUAAAAGACAAAUUCCCUGCAGAACGUCAUUUGGUCUGAAUUGGGGAAAAAACGUACAAGCUAAAAAGGUCUAUCAUGUACAUUUAAAUUCCCCCAAAAUUGCGGAAAAUUUUAUUUGCUUCUUCUAGGAAAGGGUCAUGGUCUGACAAUCACACCCUAUGCUGCUGGACAUAUGAUUGGUGGUACAAUGUGGAAGAUUGUUAAGGAUGGAGAGGAGGACAUUAUUUAUGCUGUGGACUAUAAUCAUAAGAAAGAGAGGUGUGUUUUAGUGGUGAAAACAGCUGUCUAAUUCAAGUUAAGGGCAAUGACUUGCAUGUAGUUUUGUUUUUGAGACACUGGAAUAAGUAUAGUCAAACCUGUAUAUAGUGGCCCUUUAUAAUAGUGGUCACCCUGUGUAUUGCAGUCACUGGACAAUUUCCUAAAAAUUUUGCCUUACAUUCUAUGUAACGUUUACCCAUAUAUGGCAGUCACCAGUCACUCCAAGACAAGAAGAAAGUCAAAAUACAUGUAAUAAAAACUCUAUAACUUAUCAGAAACACUUUAAAAAUUUCAAGUUCAGAUGAAACGUAUAUGUAGGUUUGUGACCAUUUACGAUCUCUCACACUAACUACCCAUGAGUAUUACAAUGUACAUGUAUUUUUACCCCUUCUUUCUCAAGGCACCUGAAUGGAGCUGUUCUGGAAACCCUUAGCAGACCUUCUUUGCUAAUAACAGAUAGCUUUAAUGCACUUAAUGUACAAGCCAGAAGGAGAGAAAGGGACACACAACUUAUGAGUAAGUUUUUUAAGCUCUAUAAUCAUUCCCAAUUUCUGUCUAAGACAUCUUAUCUACAAUUUUCUUCAAUGUGUGUUUUCACUUUUUCAUAAGAUCUAUCAUUAAACAUUUUGUUUUGCUGUUUCCAACCAGUCCUGUUAAAUGUUUGCGUUGAAGACAUUAUUUUAUUCUUUUGAUUCUUGUCCAUGAUAAUUAUGUGGUACAUUGUACGAAUCCACAGAAUCACCUCUUGUACAAUUAACACAAAAAGACUGCCAUUCGCUCAGCGCACGUUUUUUCAUUUAACUAAGAGUCCUAUGAUCUAAACUUUUGAAGAUGUCUUUUCCUUUCGGAAUCGAUGGUCUGUAUUAAAAUGGAGAAAUCAACAGCAUGUCUUGUUCUCCAGCCAGAAAAAACUAUUUGGCAAUUUACUGAUUAGUUUGUUCAAUUGGAUACAGCUGGGAAGCAGUGUUUUUUAGCACGUUAAGAGUUAUCUCAGCUACUGGUAAUAAUGUUGGAAUUUUUGUUUUGUUUUGUUUUGUUUUUUUCUUCAAUGAUCAACGUUGUUUGUCUUUUUGUUUACCAUUUAAAAUAUUUAUUUACAGGCAUUUGGGAAAUUAAAAGUUAUAUUUUGACAAAAAUGUUUCCUAUUAAGUUUUGAGCAGAUUUUGACCAAACAAGCAUAAAAAAAUGGUGCGUGAAAUAAAAAUUAUGCAAUUAAGGGAUGGCCAGAAGAAAUGGCCUAGUGUCAAAAAGAGUUAUCGUUUUGGGAUUUGUCUUUUUUUUUUUUUUCAUGACCUUGAAAACAUAUAUUCUGUAUAUUUUGAGCCUAAAUAGUUUAAUUACAUUAUGCUUAGAUGCUUUCAACAAAACAAGUUAAGGAAUACAUAAGGCUUUAAGUAGGUUUUGUAUUUCCUUAUAGGCAAAUAUUUUUUUACAUUUUUUGCCUCAUUAACAUCUGCUCAUCAUUAUCUGAUGAAACUAAUAAAAUACAACCGCUGAAUAUUGAGAGAGCAUAAUAAUUUCAGCUAUGCAUGUAUCUGAAAAAUUUGAGGCCAAUAUACUGAAUGGUUGCGGAGAAAUUCUCUUUUAAAAACUCAAAAUUUUACAAAGAAUAUAUGGCUUAUUAACUUUUUUGCCACCCAGCAAUUUUGCAGUUUUCGAUGGCUGGUAUUUCCUUCUAUAUUGCUUGCAAAGAGCAGAAAAUUGCAAAAUUGCUCAAGUAUCAGCUCUUUCAACUUUUGAAUUUAGUUGGUAUGCAUGCUAAUGAAAAAAGAUGUAAACUAUAACAUCAGCAAAGAUUCACCUAUUGAUAAUCUGUUAAAAAUUAUAGGAUCAGUUAUGGCGUAAUGCUGAUUCAGGAUUAGCAGCAUAUUCCCUUGCAAUGCUUAACAAUGUGAGCUACAAUGUUGUAGAGUUUGCCAAGUCACAGGUGAGGAAAGGAAAACAUUGUUUCCUUAGUGCUGCAGUAUGUUGAGUUCACAUGUCUCAUGGAACUAGAACUCGGAGUGUCACGAGUUUCGAUUCUCACCUGGAGGUCAGAAUUGUUUUCGAUCUCUCUGGUGAUAGAAUUCUCCUUUCUCCAAAUUAUAGAGGUACUCAUGCAGACUGUAGUGACACCAAGAAACAACUUAUAAUAUUAAGGGUUUAGUUUUUGAAGAAACUGUGUCACUGUUUCAAUGGGAGAGUGAAAAUCACUGACAGUGACCCAGUGCUCAAAAAAUUUGCUUUUGAAUGAUGUUUUUUGGGGUGGCCAAGUUACUAUAUAAGCCCAUUUGACAACACAGAAAUCAUGUAGAGAAAUUUUUAUUUUUGUCCUUCUUCAGGUUGAAUGGAUGAGUGACAAGGUCAUGAAGUCUUUUGAAAUUGGUCGAAUGAACCCUUAUCAAUUCAGGUUUGUACACCAUGUUCAUGGGCAUGGUAGUUCUUUUGUUUUGUUUUGUUUUGUUUGAUUAGUAAGUUGUUCUAUUGUUAAUUAUGUUCUAUUUUGCAGACACUGUCAAUUAUGCCACAGCUUGGCAGACCUUGCCAAAAUUUCAGAACCAAAAGUUGUUCUAGCAUCAGUAGCAGACCUGACAUGUGGUUUUUCACGAGAACUGUUCAUCAAGUGGGCAGAGGAACCCAGAAAUACAGUAGUAUUCACCUGUCGACCAUCACCUGGCACACUGGCUCGGACUUUGAUUGAAAACUUACAGCUGAAAGCAGUUGACAUUGAGGUAGAGCUAGAAUUAUUUUCACACCUUAAGAUUAUUUGCUGUGACUAGCCGGUGUUUCUGUGAUAACUAGACAGCAAUUUUUUUUGCUGGUUGCUGGAGCUUUCGGAAAACACAGGGUUUUCAUAUUUAAGAAGCCUAGUAGCAGGAGAAAGGUGUAACAUUACAGGAGAAUAUUUUGAAAGAGGCUCCAUGUCUGAAUAAAAAAUAAUCAUAGGCUACAGAACGUCAGUCGAAGAAUUCUGUGUUUUAAACAGAGAAUUCUCCAAUCUCCAUUGCCUAAUGAAAACCCUGAAAACUCUUCAGUUACUAAAAUAAUUUUAAUUGGUUGUUAUUGUUUUGGAGUACAGGUGAAAACAAGAGUGAAGCUGGAAGGAGAAGAACUUGAAAGAUAUUUGGAAGCAGAGAAGGAAAAGGAAAAGAGUCGACAAACAACUGAAGCCACUGACAGAAGGUACUUGUAGUUUAUGGUGUUGUUUUUUAUGGGCUAUUUUUCUUCUUCUGGCUGGGUAAUACUAAUAAAAUAUGAUAUGCGUUUCUUCAAUUUGCUUAAAGAACCUACUGGUGUUGACAAAGUACACUUUAAAAAUCGAUUGCCAAAUGAUAAGUUGUUGUCAAGCUUCACAGCAGCGCAGCUGGCUGUGCAUUUACCACGACUUACUUUGCAUUUACCAUGACAUACUUUCUCCUUUUGUCUUGUCUUUGUCUUGUUCUGUUCUCUAGCAUUGCUCACCAUGUAUGAAGACAUGUUUUUUACAAGGACUUAGGAUCAUUAUUAAAACAUAGUGCAAACCCUGUUUUUUUGUCUGUGUGACUAUGUCAAGCAUGUAUACAGCUUAUAGGUGGGAAACAUUUUCUUCAUAAAAUGACCCCACAUUAUAGCAGAAGAUCCGGAGGUCCUUGAUGUAAUCAUUGUAUCUUUUACAAUGGGCAAAUAAGGAGAUGUGACCAUUGCAAUAUAUAAAUCCUUCCAGCUAUUGCAGUUCUGAAAUAAUGAAUACAUUAUUCCGUAUAAUUUUAUUUGAAUACACUACUCCCUUGUGAGUGAAGCAGUUGAAGAAUCAUAACAAAAAAAACACUGUUUUUGACUCCUACAAUCAAUAAUCAAACAAAAUACUUCCAGUACAGUUAGUUGACAUGUGAACGUAUUGACCUCAAGACAUUUGUCAUCUGGCUAGGUCAUUUGUUGGUUCUGUGUUUAAUCAAUUUCAGGUUAAUUUAUAGUACAAACCUUAAUCACAGCUGAUUAGAAAUUUUUGUUUUCAGUCACCAUUUGACAGGAGAGGAAAGUGAUAGUGAUAGCGAUGAAGAUUUAGAAGGAGGAGUUAGACAUGAUCUUAUGAUGGCUGAUGAAAAGGUAUGGCUUAAAAUGGGCAUAGGGGUUAGAGCCGUAAACACGGGACCAGCAUAGAGUUCUAAAGUGUGACAUCAUAAAAAAUUAAAUUUGUGAAAUUAUGGGAUUUGUUAGGAUAUUCUGAAAGAAAAACAUCCAAGAGGCCUACACAUGUACUUGCCAAAAACUAGCAUUGUGGCGCAAAUUGUCUCUGAGAUAUUAGAGAGUUUUAGAUCGGAGUUUACCGCAAACCUCUAACCGCUGGAGGUCACGUGACAAGUCUUUCACGUCACGUUUGAGGUUUACGACGUGCGUUUUCAACGUGGGGAGGUAGGUUUUCACGUAUGUCAUUUACCUGGAAGAUUUUAGCGUAUAAUUCUUGUUUCAUCCCACGUAAUGAUACAAAAAUCUUUUGGAGCAAGUCUUUAUCCAUUAACAGAGGCACAAAUUCGGGCGAAAUGCUAAAUUUGAUAAAUCCUAUUGGAUCUUGAAAACAAGUGCCAUUCAUGGCUGCUGAUUUAAAAUGGCUGCCGUAAUUUAAUCCACCACCAAUCUAAAUCGAAUUAUGUUUGAACGUCGAACCGCAAACGGGUAACCGCAAACCGCGGUUAGAGGUUUGCGGUAAACUCGGAUCUAAAACUCUCUAUUAGCCCAGUUAUGCUGUGAUGACUCCAUACAAAUAACCGGGCUAAUAUCUCAAGACAAUUUACCCCGAAAUGCUAAUUUUUGGCAGGUAGGUGUCUUGGACAUUGUUCUUUCAGAAUAUCUGAAAGAAUAUUGGUAGGAAUUUAAACUUGUUAACUACAUUAUUCUACUUUGAAAUUUUUUUCCUUCAGGGUGGUCGGAAAAGUAGUUUUUUUAAACAGGCAAGAUCAUAUCCUAUGUUCCCCUGUCAUGAAGAGAAGAUAAAGUGGGAUGAUUAUGGAGAGUUUAUAAGGUGUGUACUUACAUUUAGUACAGACAGGAGCCAUGAUGUCUCAUUAUGGCUCCUGCUACAGAACAGAGUACCAAAACUAGAUUUCAUUAACAUCACCUCAGCAAAAGAGCCAUUUUUACAGUUAAUUCACUAUGUUUAAUUACUCUUUAGUGUGAAAACAAACUUUAUCGCCAUUCCCAACAGAUUAAAAAGAUAAAUAGCUAUGCAUAUAGAUCAGUUAAAUCACUGUUGUCAGCAGUCUGUCCGAGCGCAGGCAGCCCAAACUCAUGUUAAAAAAGGGGUGUCUGUGCAUCACGGAUAUGCAUUAUUGACCAGGCUGUUUCUGCAGGACAAAGUGGGUAAGCGCGAGCAGACACGAUAGACUUACCUUGCCCCCUUGGGCAUCCCAUCAGAACUCAGGAUUUGCUUCAUCUUGCCUGCUCUUAGAGAGAGACAUGUAAUUUAAGUUGUAUUUUCUUCACUAUGGCGUUUAUGGGACCUGUCUAUCCUUGCCUGUAGUAUGGGGGUGUCUGUGAAGUUUAAACCUGAAAAAGCUUAUGAUUAUUUUUACCAACACGUCUUUACCCGAAAAAAUGUCAUUAAAACUUUUUGGCUUUUUGAGAAGUCUUAAUUUCAAUUUUUUCUUUAACAGACCUGAAGAUUUCAUGAUCAGGGAAUUACAAGCAGCAGAAGAAGAAAAAGCUAAAGCGGUGAGAAAGGCUUUGAAUCAAUAACUAUCUCUCUUCUCUUCCCAACUUAAUGAAUUGCUCUUCUUCAACUACAGGAACAAAGUAACAAGGAAGCUGCAGAAUCUGAGGCCAUUGCUGGACAAGGUAUGUGUAUGUGGCUUCUAAGGGGGCGGAUUUACUUAUUUUCCUUGAUUGGGCGCAAAUGUUGGUACAUUUUCUUGUAUUGAACGCAUUUGUAUGUUCGUGUGUUUGUAGGAGAAAUGUCCAAAGUACCAACAAAGUGUGUAGUUGACAGACGGCAGCUAAACAUCAGGUGAGCAUCUUUAUCCUCUCACACUCACUACAGUGCUCUUCUUAGGUAACUAAGGAGAACGGGCAGGGCCUCAGGCCACAUCUACAUCCGCUCUCUGAAAACGCAUCUUUUUGAAAUCGCUCUCCAGUGGUUUAGGACCAGUGUUCUUACCAGACCACUGCAUUGCGGCAUUGCCACACUCUUUCGGGAAAUGCCGCACCAUAAUAAUUAGCCUGAGGGUUCCCAAGGGUGCAAAGAAGGAAAAAACCUAUUACAAAACGUACUUAAACUUACGUAACCAUACGUACAUUUCCUUGUAAUAUAAGCCAAAAUUUAAUUGAUUAUGGCGUCUUUAGAAAACACCAAGAAUUUCUAAGACUCAGACCUGUGACAACGUUGAGCUGACUGCAUCUAAAAGUUGUGACCCACUUUUCUCCAUCACCCUCACGGCCCCCUUUUAGCUUCUCUAUGGGCCUGUGGACCCCAGUGUACGAAAUCCUGGUAAGAGCACUGUAAGGACCCCGUUCACACGAAUCCGGGUAACAAUAUUUGCGAUUUCAAAAAUGACCGGAUUCGUGUAAACAGAAUCCUGUUGACCCCAAUGUACGAAAUCCCGGUAAAAACACUGUAUGACCCCGUCUACACGAAUCCGGGUAACAACAUGUCCGGUUUCAGAAACGACCGGUUUCGUGAGAACGGGACCUGAAUUGAAUUCGAAAAUAUCCCGUUUCGAUCGUCUACACGAAUUCGCAAAUCCGUUAUGUGGAUCCAAAAUACACACAUCUGGUGAGCGCUUUGAAAAAGAUGCGGUUUUGGUGAGCGAGUUAUUUGGUUUUGUGUGGACGGAAGGCCGAUUGGUUAAAAAAAAAAUAUGUGGAACUAAAAAAUGUCGGAAUUCAUGUGGAAGGGGCCUAAUCAUUCGUACGUUAACAUUAGUGUAAGUCAUCGUAUAAGAAUUUAUUAUUCUUAGCUUGAUGAAUGAACAAAAUGCGCAUGAAGUUUGCUUUUACACUCGCCUUUAGCAUUUUUUUAUGUAGUGGUCACUUCAUCUUGCCAGGUUUUUCUGAAUUUAUUGAAGGCCCUUUGCGGUGUAUGCUCACGGAGUGAACUGGCUUCUUUGUGUUUUUUACAGGUGUUCAUUGUUGCAUAUUGACUUUGAAGGGCGUUCAGAUGGCGAGUCCAUCAAGAGAAUUCUUUCACUAGUUAACCCAAGGAAUCUUGUAAGUUAAUUCCGCCUUCAAAAUUGUUCCAUCUGAACAAACUGAACCCAUGAUAAAUUUAGUGACACAGCUCCUUUAAUUAACCAACCUUCACCUUCAUUUGUGACAGAUUCUAGUGCACGGAACCGCAGACGCCACAGAACAUUUAGCUGAGUACUGCAAAGAGAGCAGCAGCAUUCAGGUCAAUCAGAUUUUUACUCCACAAUGUGGCGAAACUGUGGACUCCACUGGCGAAAGAUACAUUUACCAGGUAAAGUCGGACCCCUUUUUACGGACACUCGCUUAAUACGGAAACCUCAUUAUUACGGACAGUUGUUUAGUCAAUUUCUCAAAAUGUGCGUGAUUAUUUUUCCUGCAGGUCAAGUUGCGUGACGCUCUUGUUAGUUCGUUACAGUUUUCUCGUGCGCGUGACGCAGAACUGGCGUGGGUGGAUGGACAACUGCACAUUAAUGCUUCGGAGUCACACGUGGGGCUGGUUCUUGAAGAUGGCGAGUUGCGUGACGAGGAGGAGGGUCAGGAGAAGAUGGAGACUAAUCAAAGUGGUAGUAAAGAGGAGCCAAUGGACACAGUGCCCGUGCUGGAACAACUUCCGAUUUCUCAGGUAAGAUGGUAAUCAAUGUGCUAGUAGGUUCAAGAUUUUUCAGUUUCAUUCAGGCCUUCUUGGGAAACUCACCAAUAGUAUUAACUACGAGGAGACCGUAUUUUUCCUCAGGGACACUGAGUAGUGUUCACGCUCUUGCCUCCGCAGAUAGUCUCAGCCACAAGUUGCUCGGUACCUUUUUGGUAACUUUUGCUUUAUUUGGAGCACCUUACUGGCAACUUCUGCUGUUUGAAGCAAAUUCAGAAAUUCUGGGGCUGUCUGCAGACAAAUCAUAAGGAGGCGAAGGAGAAAGAAAAAGAAAGCGCGCGGGGGACGAUGGGAAGGGGAAAGAGAGGAAGACAGGUGCUAGUUUCUCGCCUUUUCCGUCUUCUCAUCGUCCAUCCUGCGCAUAUUUUUAAUCGUUGCCAUUUUUAUUGGAAUACCCAGCGGGAGUCUAUAUGAAGGAGAGAGAGCCACCAAGAAAGACGGCGAACUCAGUACUUGAGCAUUGCUGAAUCGCUGGUACAACUCAAUCACCAGUCGGUCUAAAGCACAAGAAUAGUAUGACUGUGAAAGGUUUGAACCCAGGAUUUAUUUCAAAAGUAGGUUGAGUUUGAUCGUCCGGGUGAACGUAGUUGUUGACAGUGACUGACGUUUCGACAACCUGUGCGGUAGUCAUCUUCAGAGUCAAAGUGAGUUGUAUCACAUCAUUUGAUUGUGUUAUACUCUGGUUAUUGAUCUGAUUGACGUAAUCGCGACGUAAUUGACCAAUCAGAUCAAUAACCAGAGUAUAAUACCAUCAACUGAAGUGAUACAACUCACUUUGACUCUGAAGAUGACUAUCGCACAGGUUGUCGAAACGUCAGUCACUGUCAACAACAACAGUCCUAUUCAGGACUACCUUCACCCGGACGAUCAAACUCAACCUACUUUUGAUAAUAAUAAUAUGUUAUUUUAAUAACUUUCUCCCCAGAUCACCGGACACACUUCAGUUUAUAUCAACGAGCCUCGCUUGUCAGAUUUUAAGCAGGUGUUAAACAAGGCUGGAAUACAAGCGGAAUUUGCCGGAGGUGUUUUGAUCUGUAACAAUGUCGUAGCAGUUAGACGAGUGAGUAAAAAACCUUAGUACUUUCUCGAUACAGCCUAGUGGAUUACAUAAUUGGAUUUUAUUUUCCUGAAAAUUACAGUAAGUUAUUACCCGCCCAUCGAUAUUUUGGAAAAUACAUGCUGCAGAAGUCGUAUAUCAGCCAAUAUCCUGGGUUCGAUUUUUCUGUCAAUAACAUUGUAAAGGCAAAAUGAAGAAUUCUUGCCCGAGGAGAUACCAUGACUACGACUGUCACUUACUUUCUGUAAUCUUGCUUGAGGUUUUGGAAGGGUACACACAGGCGUGUAGCUAGAGAGAUUCCGGAGUACUGUAAUUUAUUUAUUGUUUUCUCGUGCAAAUAACGGCUCUUCUCGACUAAUUUUGUUCUUGCCGUUUUUUCAGAACGAGACUGGCCGGGUGGGCCUGGAAGGAGCCGUUUGUGACGACUAUUACAAGAUCCGGGAACUGUUGUACCAACAAUACGCCGUCGUGUAAAGGGAAACGUGCUGAAGACAACUCAGCCCUUUCUUUCCGUCUCUGCUAGUGCUCUUGACUUUAGUGGUCUAAAAACUAACUCGCUAGAUGAAGUUUGAAGCGUCUUCUAGACCCUUUUUAUCAAGGAUGUCGGUUUUGUUAUACGGAGAGAAUUACAGACCAAGAACUACUUUUGGUACACUGCUCUUUUGCGCCUGUUAUGAGGAGAAAGGCGUUUUGUGUUCUGUAGCGCAAGUAUCAGCAGGCCAGUCUUGUCUUUCAAUAAGGCGGCUUUACUGUUGGCUUUAUUGCGUCUUGUAGUGUUAAACAAGAAAAGUAAUAGAAGAGUAGAGAUGUUGCUGCGUCGUUGAUGACGGUGAUUGAUAAAGGCGAUGACAUUGUUACAGGUUAUAAACGAUAAUGACAAAAUAUAAUCAUUGAUGCGAAUGCUGUUUCUAAAAGCAACCCUUAAAACAUUCGUUAGUCAGUGCCCAUACAGGCUCAAUAAAGUUAGUACAGGCGACUAGAACAUCAAAGAGUGAAUUGUCGCGGGCAAUCGCUACCCCACAUAAGCGGAUUACCUCAACUACCUGGGGUCCUGCACCUCUAUGUAAACAGGCCCCAAGGUUAGGGCCAUUGUUAUUAAAACCUCAGCGGUAUUGCAAAUUUCAAUGGGGCGUUUUCACAUGAUGUCAUGGCGGGCAUAUUGGUGCUCGUGACAAUCAGAUGUUCAGCUAAUCCUCACACAGAGAUACGCUUCAUCCUCUCGCAAUAGACCUUAUUCAUGACACCCGCCAUCUGUGCAAGCGCUUGAGGGUGGAUGGGAUAAAAGCUAUGUCACGUGGUUUCUCUUUUGGUAAACAAGAGAGAAAAU